UCUUUUGAACAGAGGGCUGUGAACACUUGGCUUGGAAACAUUUAUAUUUUGAACAAUGUCACAAUUGUGUUAACAAUUUGUAUACUAGUGACAUUAAUUUGGAUGAAAUUUGUGUUGCCUACUUUGAACUGCAGACUUGGGCUGUUAUUUGUGUGUUAAUACCAAGCAGUCUCUUUUUGCAAUACGAUUUUCAAGGUUUCUUUUGAAACUGACUUGUCUAUAAACGGUAUUGCAUGCUUCUAUAAUUUUUGUAGCAUCUUUUAAUCAUUUGAUUUGAGGUUUAAACAUUAAAAUGCAAGACAUUCGUACGAUAUCUGUGGUCAGCAAUGGAUAUUCCAGUGAUGAAAAUCACCAUACUCCGAACAUACUUAAAAUUGGGCAGAUGUCACACACUAAACGCAAACGAACUUGUACUGGUUGGAAGGUGGAGGCGUCUGACAUUGCCAGGAACACAUUCAACCCGAUCAGAAGUAUAGUGGAUGGAAUGAAACUGUCCCCAAACCCUGCAAAAGAAAUGAUUGCCUUAUCCAUUGGUGACCCAACGGUGUUUGGCAACCUUUCGGUACCAGAAGAAGCAGAAGUUGCGCUAAUUAAAGCAUUAAAGCAGAGAAAAUACAACGGCUAUGGCCCCUCAACAGGUUAUGAGCAGGCCAGGGCAGCUGUGGCUGAAUAUUCGUCCACUUCCAAAUCUAAUGUCAAUGCUAAGGAUGUGAUUCUGACAAGUGGCUGUUCUGGAGCACUUGAUCUGUGCAUCACUUGUCUGGCCAAUCCCGGACAGAACAUCCUAAUUCCCCGUCCUGGAUUCUCCAUCUACAAAACACUGGCCGAGUCGAUAGGCGUUCAUGCGAGACACUACAACCUUCAGCCAGAGAAGUCCUGGGAGGUUGACCUGCCCCAUCUAGAGUCGUUGAUUGACGACGACACGGCGGCCAUUAUCGUCAACUCCCCGUCCAACCCCUGCGGCAGCGUGUACUCCAAGGAGCACCUGCUCGACAUCUUGAAGAUCGCCGAUAGAAACAAAGUGCCCAUCAUUGCUGACGAGAUCUACGAGCAUUUUGUGUUCAGUGGGUCGGAGUACCAUCCCAUGGCCUCCCUGACAGACUCUGUGCCCAUCCUCUCUGUCAGUGGACUCACCAAAAGGUUCCUGGUGCCAGGUUGGAGGUUAGGAUGGAUCGUCAUCAACGACAGGAAUAACAUCUUCCAAGACGAGGUGAGACAUGGAUUGCAGUGUUUGUCACAGAAAAUCCUCGGACCAAACACGUUGAUUCAAGCAGCCAUCCCGGACAUUCUAAAGAACACUCCACGCUCCUUUUAUUCAGACACUCUGGAGUUCAUUGAAUCAAAUGCCAAACUGUGCCAUGAGACAAUCUCGAAAAUUCCUGGGUUGAAACCAGUCAUGCCACAGGGGGCCAUGUAUAUGAUGAUUGGUAUUGACAUGGCACACUUCCCGGAGUAUCUCAAUGAUGUACAGUUCACAGAGGCUCUGGUGUCUGAACAGAGCGUCUUCUGUCUUCCAGCCAAGUGCUUUGAAUACCCCAACUAUUUCCGUGUCGUACUGACCGUUCCCCAGGCCAAGCUUGUUGAAGCAUGUCAGAGGAUCACUGAAUUCUGCUCUACACAUUAUAGAACGGACUCAGAAAUACCUGACUGUCGCUACAUUCGCAACGAGGCUUACGAUGAAAGUUGGAUCGAGUAGAUAGAAAGUCUUCAGCGUAUCAUGAUGCAGUGAUUUUUUUGCCCAAACUUACAGCAUCUUACAAACACAAAAUGGAAAAAGUAACAUUUUUCCAAAAAAUCUGACCAAAAUUUCCCCCAAAACAGAAUUUUUCCAAAAAACAAUGAUUGGUUUAUUGAGCUUAUUAUAGACAGAUAAAAUGCUGUAACACAUAUAACAUAAAUUUUAAAAUGCAGUUAAACAUUCACUUAUGAACAAUUUGAAUACUGUAGUUUAUUAUCAUAUUAAUAAAGUUUUAUUUUUCCCAACUAAAUGGUUUAUCCCUCUAUUUUUCCCAAUGGAAAUGCACAGGCUGUAAAAUAUGAAGCCAAAAUCACUGUGAUGAGAAAAGCAUGAUGGACUGCUGUUAUAAAACAAUCUACUGUGUUUGGAGAAGUCAUAUAAACCAAUAUUGCCAAAAUAUUUAUUAUCUAUUGACAUAUUAACAUAUAUUUUGUAUGUGCAUGUAAAUACAACAUGUAGAUUGAGUUAAAGGGGUAUUUUUUUAAGAGUAUAUUUUGAAAAUCUGUGAAUUGUUGUUUAUCUGUGCCUGGUAUCUUAGAGCAAAAGUUGACUUCAAUUUAAAUGUCGGUAGUUUUCUUUGAAAGGAAAAGCAAUUAAGAAUUCAGUGUUGUUCCUUCUUUGGAAAUUGUGAUAUUUUUAGCUCACUUGUCACGAAGUGACAUGGUGAGCUUAUGUGACCGUGUGAUGUCUGGCGUCCGUAUGUGUGUGCGGUGUGUGUGCGUGUGUCCGUCAACAAUUUGUUUGUGUAGAUAGUAGAGGUCACAGUUUUCUUCCAAUCUUUAUGAAAUUUGGUCAGAAUGUUUAUCUUGAUGAAAUCUGGGUUGGGAUUGUAUUUGGGUUAUCUGGGGUCAAAAACUAGGUUACUAGGUCAAAAACUAGGACACAUAAUAGGUCAAAUAAUAGAAAAACCUUGUGUAGACAAUAGAGAUCGCAGUUUUCAUCCAAUCUUUAUGAAAUUUGGUCAGAAUGUUUAUCUUGAUGAAAUCCGGGUUUGGAUUGUAUUUGGGUCAUCUGGGGUCAAAAACUAGGUCACUAGGUCAAAAACUAGGUCAAAAAGUAGAAAAAAACUUGUGUAGACAGUAGAGGUCAUAGUUUUCAUCUAAUCUUACGAAAUUUGGUCAGCAUGUUUAUAUUGAUAAAAUCUGGGUUGGGAUUGUAUUUGGGUCAUCUGGGGUCAAAAACUAGGUCACUAGGUCAAAAACUCGGUCAAAUAAUAAAAAACCUUGUGUAGACAAUAGACGUUGCAGUUUUCAUCCAACCUUUAUGAAAUUUGGUCAGAAUGUUUAUCUUGAUGAAAUCUCGGUUGGGAUUGUAUUUGGGUCAUCUGAGGUCAAAAACUAGGUCACUAGAACAAAUAAUAGAAAAAUCGUCAACAAUUUGUUUGUGUAGACAGAAGAGGUCACAGUUUUCAUCCAAUCUUUAUGAAAUUUGGUCAGAAUUUUUAUCUUGAUAAAAUCUGGGUUGGGAUUGUAUUUGGGUCAUCUGGGGUCAAAAACUAGGUCACUAGGUCAAAAACUAGUUCACUAGGUCAAAUAAUAGAAAAACCUUAUAUAGACAAUAGAGGUCACAGUUUUCAUCCAAUCUUUAUGAAAUUUGGUCAGAAUGUUUAUCUUGAUAAAAUCUGGGUUGGGAUUGUAUUUGGGUCAUCUGGGGUCAAAAACUAGGUCACUAGGUCAAAAACUCGGUCAAAUAAUAAAAAACCUUGUGUAGACAAUAGACGUUGCAGUUUUCAUCCAACCUUUAUGAAAUUUGGUCAGAAUGUUUAUCUUGAUGAAAUCUCGGUUGGGAUUGUAUUUGGGUCAUCUGAGGUCAAAAACUAGGUCACUAGAACAAAUAAUAGAAAAAUCGUCAACAAUUUGUUUGUGUAGACAGAAGAGGUCACAGUUUUCAUCCAAUCUUUAUGAAAUUUGGUCAGAAUUUUUAUCUUGAUAAAAUCUGGGUUGGGAUUGUAUUUGGGUCAUCUGGGGUCAAAAACUAGGUCACUAGGUCAAAAACUAGUUCACUAGGUCAAAUAAUAGAAAAACCUUAUAUAGACAAUAGAGGUCACAGUUUUCAUCCAAUCUUUAUGAAAUUUGGUCAGAAUGUUUAUCUUGAUAAAAUCUGGGUUGGGAUUGUAUUUGGGUCAUCUGGGGUCAAAAACUAGGUCACUAGGUCAAAUAAUAGAAAAACUUUGUGUAGACAAUAGAGGUCACAGUUUUCAUCCAAUCUUUAUAAAAUUUGAUCAGAAUGUUAAUCUUGAUGAAAUCUGGGUUGGGAUUGUAUUUAGGUCACCUUGGGUCAAAAACUAGGUCACUAGGUCAAAUAAUAGAAAAACCUUGUGUAGACAAUAGAGGUCACAGUUUUCAUCUUAUCUUUAUGAAAUUUUGUCACAAUGUUUAUCUUGAUGAAAUCUGGGUUGGGAUUGUAUUUGGUUAGUCGGGUGAGCGAUUCAGGGCCAUCAUGGCCCUCUUGUUUUAUUUUAUAAUGCAUAUUUACACAUCUGUUCGUAAAUAAAAGUGUUGCAUUAGUGUUUGCUCAAUACUUGUAAAUUGAAGUGGUGCAUUAGUGAUUGCUCAAUACUUGUAUUGUUUUGAGUCAUGAUAGUUAUGGGUUACUUAUACAAAAAACCACAGCUAAAUAUAUUUGUUAUGGUGUCACAGGCUUGUUUACCGUACCUGAACAACUAUAUUUGGGAAAACAGGGCUUAAUGCAUGUCUGAACAGGCUCAUCAGUGAUGAUACUUUGCGCUUGGAGGAAUUUUUGUUCAAAAGAAGAAAAAUAAAUCUAGCCACAAAGUGUGGACCCUGAUUAUCGGACUGCACAGGCUGAUAUAGGACGAUACUUUACACAUGUCCAUUAAGCCCCCUUUGCCCAAAGAAUGGCUCAUUUGUUUUUUAAUGAGAAACUAAGAACUGUACGUGCUAAUCAAUAGAUCUUACUUUUCUAGAAGCUUUUUUAUAUGUGGAAAAUAAGUCUCAAUAAAAGACUAUGUAUGAAAAUUUCUUUAUAUAACACACAUUGCAUAUAAUAUUAUAUUUUUUCCAAACAAAAGCAUAAUUUUUAUAAUAAUAUACUGAAAAGAUUAAAAUAAACAGUACAGUAUCGAUUUUGUACAAAAUUGUCUAGUUUACCUUUAAUGAAAUUUCAUGCAAUUAAUAUGAUUUAUUAAGCCAUAUACUGUUAAUGUUUUUCUAUAGUUUAAUGUUAUAUAUUGUAUGGUGUUGAAGCGUUUUACUUAGAAAACAUAUCUAUGCAUGUUCUCACUACAUGAAACGAGCUCAAUUUCAGUUGUAAUGUUUUGGGGUUAUACAUGAAUGUUUGUUUGUUAUUGAUUAUUCAAAUGUAUAUAUUGAACCAAAUAUCUGUUAUAUUUUAUCAUAUUGUACAUAUUCGGAGGUUUUUAUUAAAUCGUUUGUUAUGAAA